AUCUACUUAAACAUGAAUAUACCGUUGCAAUUCAGAUUCAGUAAAAAAGGUAACCAUGGUAACAAAGAAUAUAAUGCAGAGUGAUUGUGUUUGUUGAUCAUCUGAGUGACACUUGGAUUUAAUAGAAGUAUUGAUCUAAAGGGAUUACUGAUGAAAUCAUUGGAUAAGGUAGCAUUAACACAACAUCAUCAUGUAAUAUGCACUCCUGCUUGUAAGGUGAUGGUAAUGUCAAUUAAGAAGCAAAACACAAGAACCUGCCUAAUACCUGCAUGCUCAGAUAGAAACACUUAUCGGGUACAUGUAUGUCCCUCUGAAAAGGUUAAUCCACUAGAGACACUGGAUAUGAUGAAAUGUGAAGCAAUUUGGUACACAAAGGAACACUCGAUAUCAUGAAUAUGUUAUUGUCAGUUAUUGUUAUUUAUUGGCUUUCAAAUGCACAGAAUAGGCUUGUGAGAUUAACAUGGACAUCAAUGGAAUAUCAAUCAGGGAAUAGCAUGUCAUACUGUCAUCAUAUUGAUAACUAUAUAAAAUAGAAAACAAUCAACAUGAAAACCAGCAGGGCAUGACUACAUUCUACAGGGAUCACAUUUGUUAGUCUUAACUGUUGUUAGCCAUUGGGAGAUAAAUGUCCACUGACAUUUUAGAAACAAGGCAUGAAAUAAACAUGAUCAGAUAAAUAUUUUGCAAGGGAAUAGUAUUAAUUGGAUGAGGACUCUACCAAUAUAGUUGCUACCGGCAACUGAUUUUAUUAUUUAUCUUGGUGGUAUGGAGCAAGCAUGGUGGACAAACCCUAGUGCAAAAGACAAGUGCAAGAAUUGAUAACAAUUUGUCAGCAACAAGAUUAGAAUUUGGAACACGAAACAAAGGCAAUCAAUUAUUUGCAUUCUGUUUCAAAUGCAAUCACUAUUACACGAGAGGCAAAGAGAUCCAUACUGAGACAAGCAACAGUGGAGAAUAUCCUAGUGGGUGAUUAACUGACAAUGGGGAAUGAGUUGUGCUUCUGUAUCCUCAGUGACACUGAUGACAGCAGUGACACUAAUGAACAUAGUGAACAUGUGCCUCUGCAAAAGUUCAACCAGAACAACCUGGACAGAAUACCAGAUCACAAACAAUCAAAGGUUCCUAUCAUUGAGAACACCCAGAAUGAUAAUGGAAUGGACAUCCAUAGUGACAGACCACAUGAUUUAUUCUCUCAUGACGUGACUAACAUGGAUCCUGGACUCCUAAGCUGUAGAAGUUGCUAUGAACGUUAUGGUCAAGAAGAGAGACAGCCAUUUAUUCCAGACAAAAAACACUCGUUAUGCAGUAUAUGCUAUGAUAACAUGAAAGAGGUGCAUGGUGAACCGUUCCCUUGUCACAUGUGUCAUGAUUCUAUUUAUUCAGCGCCAUGUAAGAAAAUUAAGUUCACUGAUCCAUAUGACAUUGACAUGUUAGAGCUAAUUGAGGCCUGGGAUGCCAAGCAUGGGGCCUCACAUAAGCAUGGAGCCUCACAUAAGCAUGGGGCCUCACAUAAGCAUAGGGCCUCACAUCACCACUGAGUAUGGACAACAAAGGACAAUUUCAAUUUUUAAAGUCUUUGUUAAAAUUAUUGUUAAUUGUGCAGUUAAGUGAACCAGAAACAUAUAAAAUGCUGUUAGUAUUGGUCAUCAUUAGUAAAAACUUAUUUUUCAAAAGUUUGACAUCAAACUAAUAAAAUUACACUACAGCCUA